AUGGGUCUCUUCGCCGACCUGUUGGCCAUUCUCGCCAAAGAAUCGCUCAAACUCUCCCUCGUUGCCCCGUUGGCUACGCUUGCCAUUUACCUUUUCGUCAACAUCUUCCUCCAUCCACUGCGAAAAGUUCCGGGACCUUGGAAAGCAAAAGUCUCUCCGCUAUGGCUAUGGUACCACUCAUAUGCAGGGGAUGAGACGACCUCGGUCGAAGCCCUGCACAAAGUCUACGGCCCAGUCGUCCGGAUCGGGCCCAACGACAUUGACAUUAGCGACGGCGCGGCUCUUGCACCCAUUUACUCCGAGAAGGGCGGGUUCCUGAAAACAGCAUGCUACAGCAAUUUCGACUUUGACGGUCACCCGACGAUAUUUUCGGCUCUGGAUCCUGCACACAGGGCCGUCAGAUCAAAGGCUGUUGUCAGCAUGUUCAGCCCGGCCUCUAUCCGAAAGGAAGGUGACCAGAUUCUGAGAUCCUGUGUUGACAGGUUGAUGGCGCACAUUGGGCACGAAGCCGCUACAGGCAAACCCGUUAACAUGCUCAAUAUGGGCAGGUGUCUAGCUCUUGAUGCAGUGACGGAGUAUCUCCUGGGCAAAUCAUAUGGAGGUAUUGUGGAGCUUGAGGCAAGCAGUAGCGCCAGUGACUCAAGCAAACUCUCUGCCAGCGAGUUUGUGGACACCUUUGUCGCAGUUGGGCGAUUCUUUUUGCUUCCCAACUGGGUCUUUCACGCCCUCGAGUGGGUUCUGCCGAAGGUAUUCCCCGAUCAGAAAGUCGACGAGUCGAUGGAACUUGUAACAAAGUUCUGCAAUCAAGUUGUUGCCGAAGCAGAUCGUGAGAAAGACCAAACGUAUCAGGCUCGAUUGUUACGAGCUGGCAUCAGAAAAGAAGAAGCUGCUGUGCAGUGUAUGGAUCUGAUGUUUGCCGGCACAGACAGUACGGGCAUGAAUUUUGGUGCCAUCUGCUGGCAUUUGGCACAGUCGCCCUCGACAUAUCAGAAGCUCAAAGACGAGCUUGCAUCACCAGAGGCAGCUCAAGCCGACCCGCAAACUCUUCCCUACCUGCGUGGUGUGGUGCGCGAGGGUCUUCGAAUGUCCAUGGCAAACCCGACUCGUCUUCCACGGGUUGUGCCGCCCAGCGGAUUCUCAUUCGCUACUAAAAUGCCUUCUGGAGAAACUGCGACAUUUGAGUUCCCAGGCGGAACUUGGAUCGGAUGUGCACCGUUUAGCUUGCACUUCAACGACGCUGUCUUCCCAAACUCACAUGAAUUCCAGCCAGAACGAUGGCUUGAUCCUAGCGAGGAAAUGUUACGCGACGCAAUUCCCUUUGGACUUGGACCGCGACAGUGUAUUGCUCGCAACCUUGCUUCGAGUGAGCUCUUCUGGGCAGUCAGGGCUCUGGGAAUGUCUGGGGUGCUGGACGGGUCUAAGCCAACAGGGCUGAUGAAGGAUGGGAUUAUUGUUGAUGAGUGGUUCAACUCCAAAGUCCCCGGGCAUGCCAUUGAGCUAAUGUGGGACUCGUCGUAG